CUCCAUCCCCAUCGUCGUCUUCAUCCACCUGCCUCUACAAAUUACUAGCUCUCAACGCGAUGGUGCCCAGUAUCCGCAUAUCUUACGCGCCGCGGCUACCCUUAGAGCUCUCCUUCUCUCCACUACUCGCAGGCGCGGUCAUGGUUCCGCCCAGGUCCUCAUACAAGUUGCCGCGCCUAGAGUACAAAAUCUCGUCACGAUCCAGUCCUCGUCAACCGCUGGCGUCGUCGUCCGCCGUCGAAACGACACCAACCUCGCGGGUAUCCUCAGCACGGUCGAAACCGCUGCCAGCGAUCCCGAAGACCUCCACACCAUCUCACAGUCCCGUCGUCAACCUGCUUGACCUGCUUGACCGCAUGGACAACGACAUCUCGUGCGAGGUACAGCGCGUCCGCGAAAACAUACGGGAGACACGGGCGCUCGUGAAGCAGGUCAAGAGCGAGCAGAGGCUGCGUUCAUCCGAAUUCCUGGAGCGGCGCGAAAAGGAAAGCAAGGAAACGAAGAGUGUACAUGAUGAAUUCUGGCUGGGCGUAUGAUGUGUAUAACAACCGCACGCUCGCGCUGGUCGCAUUUUUCGUACUUCUACUGAAAGCAUCCUGGAACGCUGGUCAUUGUUCCCG